CAGUUACAAUUGACAUUGACAAAUUAGAAUGAAAAUAAACGUUAGGGUUUUGGUUUUCUUUUAAAUUAAUCAAAAAACCUGAAAAAUCAAACGUUGCUUUGAUUGGUUUAGGUUUGCUUGCUUUCGGUAUAUUUGAUACGCUUCUUUGCUUUUCAAUUCAUCUACCCAUUUAUUGCUUCACCUUCUCUAAUUUUCUCCGGAACCAAACAGGGGAAAUUUGGGUUCUUGUUCUGAAAAUUCAAUGACUUUCAAUGAUGAUAACAAUGAUGAUGAGGGAGGAGAAGUGGUGCCGGAGCUGAAAUUACGAGUUGAGGGUGAUGAUGAUGUUAAUGAGAAAAGGGUAAGUUUGAGACAGAGAUUAUUAGAAGAAUGUGAAGCGGAAGAGAAUAAUUCUUUGUUAAAAGAGCCAGGUUUUUCUUCUCAAUCGAGAAGGUCUAUUUGGUACUGGAUCAAGUUGGGAAUUUUACUUACCUUUCUAGGGUUACUGGUUGCUGUUUUUCUCAAAUGGGUUGGCCCUUUUUUCAUGGAUAAGGAGCUAAUGCCUUUAAUUAAGUGGGAGAUGGCAACCUUUAGUACUCCAAUGCUGGCAGUUCUAAUCUUUGCUUCUGUGGCAUUAUUCCCCACGAUAUUUCUACCCUCUUCACCAUCUAUGUGGGUUGCCGGGAUGGCGUUCGGUUAUGGUUUUGGAUUUCUACUAAUCAUCUCCGCAGCUGCUGUGGGUGUAUCAUUGCCAUUCUUUAUCGGCUCUCUUUUCCUUCACAGGAUUCAAGGCUGGUUAGAAAAAUAUCCUAAGAAAGCUGCCUUUCUGAGAGCAGCUGGUGGAGGAAAUUGGCUUCAUCAGUUUAAAGCUGUAGCAUUAAUCAGACUCUCUCCAUUCCCAUAUAUUUUAUAUAAUUACUGUGCAGUUGCAACACAUGUUGAGUAUGGACCUUAUAUCUUGGGAUCUUUGGUAGGAAUGGUGCCAGAAAUUUUUAUUUCAAUAUACACUGGCACCCUCAUACAAACAUUGGCAGACGUUUCACAAGAACGACAUGGCUUAUCGGCUGUACAGAUUUUGUUAAACGUUGGUGGUUUCCUCAUAACUCUGUUGGCAAUAAUUGUUUUCACGGUUUACGCGAAACGUCAGCUAAGAAAAUUGCAGAGAGAAGAAGAAUUGGUAUAGCAGUAAGGUAUGGUAUUGGUUUGCAGAUAAAUGUGUCCAUGAGAAACAUGUUUAUAGGGAUGGAUGAAGUUUUAUAUUUGCUAAACAACUUCAUCCGUAUGUGACACAAGGGGGGAACCAAAGACAAAUCUAACAUCAUGGAGAAAGAUCAUUUUCUUUCUUACAUCACACGCUUAAUUGAGAGACCAAGGCAAAUACUGUUUGACAUUUAUGUAUAUAAUUCUAUGUCAUUUUGUUGUUGACUUUAUGACUGUUUAUAUUAUGCAAAAUGUUUCUGUUAAUGGUUUUCAACUA